AUCGCAGUUGAAAUGUCGCAGUUGUAUCGGGCGUGUCGAGUCCUGCGACAUCGUGUUUUUCACAACUUCUCGUCGUGAUUUAUCCGUCUAAUACGCAUUCGAGAGUAUCGGGAGUAUCGUGUCAAGCAGCCCGAUCGUCUCAUCCCGUUAAUUCGAUUUAUAUUCGCGAGUGAACGGAAGGAAAUUCUGACUUUUCCGAAACGAAAGGAGCAAGUGUCGGGGAGGCAAGGCGGCCAUUGGCUUCUAGAGCGAAGCCGAAUCGCGAUAAUUAACCCGUUUUUCGCGCGAUCGCGAUAAUCAGUGCUUCAUCACGCGACGCCGAAUAUCUGUCGCGAGUGAAUAAGUGUUGAUGUGAAUAAGUGUUGUUUAUGUGAGUGUCCCGAGUGAAUGUUCGGAGCAACGGGAGCCAUCGACGAGGCAUCGACGAAGGCAUCGACGAGGCGACAAAGGGACGCGACGAGGAGCGACUCUGACGUAUCGAGAGAGGAUAGGCGGAUACGACGAUCAGAAGACAGCGGGUGCACACUUUAACAAUGCGUCUUUUCAAACGUUAUGCAGUCGAUACGAGUCCACAGCUUGUUUCUGCUAUACCUAUCUCUCAAGAUAUUGCUGCUACUGUCGAAAGUAAUCCUCUUGAGAUAUCGGAAAAGAAAUCGAAGACAGACGACAGAUUGGAAGAUCCUCUUCCGCUUAAAAAUGUUGACACACAAAAAGAAUCGGAUUCUUCUAUUCUAACUCGUAAAGGAAUUUCGACUUGGGGACGAAAGAUGGGUCAGAGAUGGGACCAAAUGAAGAGGUCGGACAGUUCCGAAUUGCUUUCGGUAUCGCGACGGCGACGACGAUGGAGCCCGCAUCGGAAAAGCAGCUAUGAUGAAACGUCGAACGAGAAAGAAAACGGUAAUAACGAGUUUCCGAGGCCAAAGAGAAUUCCCAGGGUGGAAUCGUUGAGAAACUUCUUUAGGACUAGUGGAGAUCAUUCGUUCAACUCCAAAAACUCUGCGAGAAACGCGACGAUACAGGAGGAGGACAUCAUCGAAAUCAGACACUGCCCGAUGGAGAAGACUCUGAGCGAAGGUGCGAUCAAGAAAAUUCCGCUUCGAGGCUUCUGCUCCGACAAUAUCGACGCUCGCGAAUUCGCUGGGAUCGAUCGAGAAACGUUCCUUCGUCAAAAGAAGUUACAGCUUAGUCGUAGCAUUCAGGAUCUUCAAGAGCAGCGGCGAGUCUUGGAUUAUAUACUCAAGAAUCAGGAAAUUCUGAAGACACAUCGAGGCGACACGUUCGUGAAAGAAACACUGGAGAACGUUGGAACGAAUUCGCAGCAAAUCUCCAAUUCCGAUUGCUCUACGGAAGAGACAAAGAGCGCCUCGAUGCGAAUGACUGAUCAUCACUCUGCUCCCGUCAACGAAAUUAAGGAAAAUGUUUGUCAUUCCCGUGGACCCUCCACCGCGCUGACCGGUUUGGAAGAUCUGCUGAGCAAUCUGCGCAUAGGCUGCGAUGAAAGUGGCUACGAUUCAGAUAGUACAAGAGCCGGCGCGGAUUCACCGGACAGUGAAAAAUCGGCAUUGCCUUCGUUGUUGAAACCGCGUAGUUUUUCGUUAACGUCCGACGAUUAUCACGGUUUGUCGCUUCCGUUCCGUAGCGAUGCACCGAUGCGGAAAAAAGACGCAGCGAUCGAGCCGGAUUCAUCGGAAACGUGCACUUCGACAGUCGAGAAAGUCGAUGUCGCUGUCAAUUCCUCGACAAGCAAUGCUUCCUUCAAUGAUUCAACUACAACGCAAAUUACCAUUUUAAUGUCGGAAGACGAUACGGAUAGCUGCGACGAUGAUACUUUCGCCGAUUUUACAGAAUAUCAACCAAAUUUAACGAGAACUUAUUCUAAGAGGGAAGCGGAUUUCUUUCCGCAGUGUCAGGAGGAUGUACAAAAGCCAACAUCUUCCGCGUCUUCUGCUCGGCUACGCGAGAAUUUAACGAAACUCCAAGUGACGGAGAGUAAUAAUUUCGAUGUUACUCUGACACAAUGUGACGUUUCCGACGAUGCUGAUGUGCGUAGCACCGAUGAUACUAAAACGAAAGUCAAUUUCGACGAGAAAAAAUCUUGUGUAACGCCAGUAAAUCAUGUGUCUCAGAUGGCCAAAUUUCAGAAUUUGCUGAAGGACAAGAAAUAUAGAAAUCGCAAGUGCUCUAGUCCGAGUGUGCUACAGCUUUUAGACCACGCUGCGCCUCCAUGUAAUGACAGUCCACCGGCUAAUAAAAUCUAUCCUUUAUCUGAGAGGAUGACUAAGCCGCUACGAUAUUACAGUCCGAAGAGAUCACGUUCCAUCGUGGAAUUAGAUACAACGGACGUGACGAAGAACACGGCGAAAAGAGUGUUGACAUUGAACACUUGCGAGUCCGCUCCUUCCACAGCUUCGAAGACUGUCAACGAGAGCCUAGUACGACGCGAAUUGAGAACGAUGAAACUCACGGUGAACCACACAGCGGGUCUUGGUAUCUCGGUGGAGCGAUGCGAGGCAGUCAGACCGUUUUACGUGAUCGCCAGGAUGGAUCCGGACGGGGAGGCGGCUAGAUCGAAGCAGUUUCGUAUCGGCGACGAGAUCGUCCGAGUCUGCGGACGUAGAAUACGCGGUAUGUCGAUGGCGGAGGCGAGAAACGCCUUGCGAAGCUGCGUCGGCACGGUCGAGCUGCAGAUCGCGAGAGAACCGAAGAAAAUCGGCGACACCUGGGGCGACGUCUUGUCACGAACGCGAAGCGAUCCCGACUCGUGGGUCUCGAAGAAUCAGAAAACCGAAUUUCAGCCGGCUUUCCGUGCAUCAUCUCCGACGAACACUGAUGCAUCUCAUGCUGUUGAUGAGGCUACCACUAAUCGGAAAAUAACGGGGAUGAAAAAGUUCCAGAUCGUGAGGAAACGAAGCGCCGAAGCUCCCGCCGUUCGAGGCACUAGUUUAACCAUGGAUCUGCUGACGAUCAUAUUAACGAAGGGUGCUCCGAAGAAAUUGGGCUUCUCCAUCGUUGGAGGUGUGGACAGCAAUAAAGGGCGCAUGGGUAUCUUCGUGAAAGAUAUUAUGCCCGAUGGACAAGCUGCGGAAGAAGGUACUCUGAGAGCGGGGGACGAAAUUCUAGCCAUUAACGGCUCCUCGUUAGACGGCCUAACGCACGCCAAGGCAUUGCAAAUGUUCAAGAACGCCAAAGCCGGGAAUCUGAUACUUCACGUUGCCCGAAGAGACCUGACGCAUAAACGAUACAUCACGCAAUCAAAAUCUUAUGAUUGCCUCAAUAAGUUAACGAAGUCUGCCGACGAAUAAAAUUAUUGCCAUUAGUCGUUAUCGAAUUAAUCUUUCA